AUUUCCAUGACAUCCCUGACAGAACCAAAUGAAGUUUCCCAGAUAAUCUGGUAGGGCUUCUCAAUCUCUGUAGGCAGUCCAAUCAAAACCUUCUAUUAUUAAUUUACUAGAAUCACUGGAAUCUCACAAGAAUGAGAAAAUAAUUAGCCAAUUAUUCAAUAAAAGGCUUUUCAUUAUAUCUGGAACUUUUUCCUUAUAUCUUCGUGACAUUUUUUAUUUUUAAGCAGGUCUUAGAAUGGUAAUUUGAAAAACAUUUCGCACAUAUCUAGAAUAUAAAUACAUUACAUUGAUGAUGUUACAUUAAAUUCCAUUCAGAUUCUGCCCUUUAAGUGGGACACUUUAAUUUGUGGGGGGUGGGGGUGUUGAAGCUCAGGAACCGGGCAGGCAGGCCAAUUAACAUUUGAGUCACUUCUUGUCACGAGCAACUAACAGUGGUGACGAUCUCACAUUGACACAUGCGACUUACCAGCACACAGGCGGCCUUAAUUGUUAUGGACGUAGAGUUCAUCCACUAUUUACAGUUACAAGAGUACCUUAAAUUAAAUGAAUAGCAUCUCUCUUUAUUUGGGCAGGUGACGGGCACUGCCACAACUCCCAGGACCCCAUUCUCAUGGUUCCGUAUUAUUUCCUCUCAAAAUCAAAGUCAGUCAUCAUGACAUCACUGGCUUUUUCCUGAUGACAGAUCACCAUCCUCAUCAUCACUUUUCACACUCAUCCCACCUCCGCAAUCCCUCGCAACCAAUCAGGUCUGCUCAUUUGCCAGCUAGAGGGGUAUAUAUAUAGCAAAAGAACUGGCUGCACGAAGCCAAACCCAGUGUUUAGGAGUUCGCUGUAUGUUUUGACCGCUUUCAUCGUAUCAGAUACCCAGGUCACCACAGGGAGAAGAUGUGGCGCUUUCAGCUACAGGUGCUGCUUGUGACUCUCUUUGCAUCGGUCCUACAGCCCAUGGUGAACGGGGCCCCACAGAGAGACGCCCUGGACGAUAUGUCACAAGCAGAAGUCACUGAAGACAGUCAGGAUUUAUCCCACAUGCUGUUGCUGGAAAUUUUAUCCAGUGUAAUGACUCAGGUGGAUAACGAGGUCAUGCCUGGGAUGAAGGAACUGGAGUUUCAGCGGAAAGCGGUACGUCAGUUGCCGCUGUCUCAGCGAGAGCGUAAGGCUGGCUGUCGGAACUUCUUCUGGAAGACAUACACCUCAUGUUAAUCUACUAUGCGAUGUAAUCCGUGUGUCAGUUAUUUCAUGACCCAUUUGAGUCUGGUUAUGUUACCUGUUUGAGAUGUAUAAGCUAUUGUAAACGGCAUGUUUUAAUACACAACAAGCUUUGCCUAACUUCACUGGUGCAGAGAUCUUUCUGUUCACCUUUGUGGUCAGUCUUCUUCCAUUUAAAUAACUGCUCUUUAUUGAUCUAUAGCUGAUGGCAUCUUUAGGUCAGUUCCCUUUCUCUAAAAAAAAAAUAAAGAUAAAAGGAAAAAUGCAUCCGAGCUGGAUGUGAGUCAUUGAAGAAAGAGCGACUAAUCUUACGCAACCAGUUGCAAAGAAUGACCAUCACCAACCUCCGGUAGCUACUGUACAAUGAAGAGAACUUUUUUUCAGUUUAAAAUCUGCUUCAAAAGCAGGAGCAGUAUCUAAU